AUGAACAAAGUUCAGCAUACUGUAACUUGUAUUUUAAUUUUCUUAUCGAUAUUCCCUAAAACCUGCAUUUCAAAGUUAAAACUUCACUUCUACAAAAUCGAGUGUGCGCAAAAAAAUGAGUCAGAAUAUCUUGAAAAUAUUGUUUGUAAAUUAAGUAAGAACAAAGUUGGAGACAACGCAUUAAGUGUCUAUGCAGAUAUAGCUAAAAACAUAAAUUAUGUCGACCUUAACUUUGGAAUUCUCCACAAAUCAUCAAACAAAUUGAUGAUCAACACAAGUUUUGAGUACUGCAGCUCAUAUAACAAUAUGAAUCCAUUCGUAAAAGCUAUCUUGUCAUUCGUGAAUAAUUUUGAAAAGGAUUUAUUUCAUGAAUGUCCAUAUUUACCUAAAAAGAAAAUGGGAAUUGAAAACUUUCCAUUUGAAACGAUGCUUCCGAUGCUAUCGAUCGCAAAUUUUCAACGUGGUGACUACAAAAUGUGGACAUAUUUAAGGGACAAAAAUUGUGUCGAAAUCAGAAAUAUUAUUCAAAAAUCACCAAAAAUGAACAAACUUCAGUUUGAAAUAGUUUUUGCUCUAUUUUUCUUUGGAAUUUUACCUAAAACAUGCUACACUAAGUUAAAGCUUCAUUUCUACAAAGUCGAGUGUCCACCACAAAAUAAAACAGAAUAUCUUGAAAAUAUUGUUUGUAAAUUAAGUAAGAUCAAAGACGGAGAGAAUGUGCUAACUCUUCAUGUAGAUGUAGUAAGGAACAUUAAUUAUUUUGACUUUAAUUUUGGAAUUCUCCACAAAUCAUCAAAUAAGUUAAUGAUCAACACAACUUUUGAGUACUGCAGUUCAUAUAACAACUUGAAUCCAUUCAUAAAAGCUAUGUUUACUUUCGUAAAUACGAUUGAAAAGGAUUUAUUUCAUGAAUGUCCAUAUUUACCAAUGAAAAAAAUGGGAGUAGAAAAUCUACCGUUUGAUGGAUUUGUUCCUUUGUUAUCGAUUGCAAACUUUCAACGUGUUACAAUGUUUGGAGACUUAAUAGUUGAGCUUAACUACAUGCUGAUGAAUUUCUAUUUGAUUCAUAAAACAUCACACAGAACACUUGUCAAUGUUACUAUGGAAUAUUGUAGUGUUUAUGGAAACUUCCCGUUAAUUGUUCGCGUUGCAAUUGAAUUUACUAAAAAAUUCACAAAUGACAUGAUUCAUGCUUGUCCUUAUGCUCCAAGAAAGAAACUUGGAGUUGAAAGUUUUCCAACAAAUGAGCUAGCAAACAAAGCUUUAAAUGUUUUUUCUGAUCGUAUUAAUAUUGAGCGUGGUGACUACUUUUCUGCUUUUAGCGUUAAGGAUAGAAAAGGAAUAAUAAUAUUUAAUUUCAAAGGUUUAGUGACUGUUUCUCAAAAGCGAAUGAUUCAAAGACAAUCGAAAAGAGUUUAA